UGUAAUUGUGAGCGCGCAGCAGUAGCUUGACGACAAGAGACACACAAGACUGGAAGAGAACAGAAGAGGCGAAUUGGAGAAAAAGGGAGGCAUUGUGUUGCGUCAGGUAUUGACACCCUCUUACGCUGCUCCCGGAUCAUUAUUUCAGCAGCUGUGGGACGGUAAAACGCGAGACAAGAAAGUGGUGUCCGUGGCAACACGCCAUCACACUUUCAUAUACGCAUAGGCACACACACAGUCGCAUCACGUGGUGGCUCUUGUUUUCGCAUUGCAUGUGCGUCUGCAGGCAUAUACAGGUUAGAAUUUCAAAAGGAAGUGGUGUGUGUGGUAGAGGCUCAGACCAGAGCUCUGUCUGUCGUGGUGCCGGAUUAUCUGUCAGCAGCAGCGAAAAUGUCGAGCCGUAAGCAUACUACUCAAAGCAGCAAUAGUCCUCCAGGUGGGGUGCCUGGCCUCAAACAGAUCGAUCUCGAUCAAAUCUGGGGCGACCUCAAAGAGGGUAUCGAGCAAGUUUACAAACGUCAGAGUAUGGCCAAACCUCGCUACAUUUGCCUGUACACUCAUGUUUACAACUAUUGCACGAGCGUCCACCAGCAGGCCAACUCUAGGCAACCGACCAAGAAGGAUAAAGGUGUCAACGGUGGUGCUCAAUUGGUCGGGUUAGAGCUGUACAAAAGGCUGAGCAAGUUCCUUAAGGAUUAUCUUGUAAACUUGCUACAAAAGGGAGUCGAUUUGAUGCAUGAGGAUGUACUCUACUUCUACACAAAUCAGUGGGAGGAGUACCAGUUCAGCAGUAAGGUACUCAACGGCGUUUGCGCUUAUCUCAAUCGCCACUGGGUUCGACGAGAGUGCGAGGAAGGACGUAAAGGCAUCUACGAAAUUUAUCAGUUGGCCUUGGUCACCUGGCGAGAUCAGAUGUUUAAGCAUCUCAAUAGACAAGUCACCAAUUCAUGCCUCAAGCUCAUAGAGCGAGAAAGAAAUGGUGAAACUAUAAACAAUCGAUUGAUCAGUGGUGUAGUUAAUUGUUAUGUCGAGUUGGGACUUAACGAGGAGGAUCCUGGUGCUAAAGGACAGACACUUAGUGUCUAUAAGGAUGCUUUCGAGAAUCACUUCCUAGAGGACACCGAUAGGUUUUACACAAAUGAAAGCACAGAGUUUCUUCGACACAAUCCUGUCACCGAAUACAUGAAGAAAGUUGAGCAAAGGCUGUACGAGGAGGAGAAGCGCGUUCAAACUUAUCUCCACCAAGCCACUCAUGAUAGGCUGGCAAAGACUUGUGAGAGGGUACUCAUUGAAAAGCACUUGGAUAUUCUUUAUGGAGAUUUUGAGAACCUGCUGGAUUCUGAUAAGAAUGAUGAUCUUGGAAGAAUGUACACACUUGUGGCCAAAGUGCCUAAUGGCCUAGGUGAAAUGAGAAAUCUUUUGGAAAACUACAUUACCACCCAAGGACUUUCAGCUAUCGACAAGUGUGGCAAUGAUGCUGCCAAUGAUCCUAAAACUUAUGUGAAUACCAUCUUAGAUGUUCACAAAAAAUAUAACAGAAUGGUAUUGGCUUCUUUUAAUAAUGACAGUGGUUUUGUAGCUUCUUUGGACAAAGCUUGUGGCAAGUUCAUCAAUACAAAUGCUGUAACUAAAUCAGCAUUUAGCACAACUAAAUCGCCAGAGUUACUGGCCAAAUACUGUGACCUUUUACUUAAGAAGAGCAGCAAGAAUCCAGAGGAAGCGGAAUUAGAGGAUACUCUAAACCAGGUUAUGAUUGUUUUCAAAUACAUUGAAGACAAAGAUGUUUAUCAGAAAUUCUACAGUAAAAUGCUUGCCAAGAGAUUAGUUCAACAGAUUUCUGCUAGUGAUGAUGCAGAAGCUUCUAUGAUCUCAAAGCUCAAGCAGGCUUGUGGUUUCGAGUACACAUCAAAACUACAAAGAAUGUUUCAAGAUAUUGGAGUUUCAAAGGACUUGAAUGAAGCUUUUAAAAGACAUCUUUUAAACUCAGCUGAACCUCUGGAUUUAGAUUUCAGCAUACAUGUCUUGUCAUCUGGCUCUUGGCCUUUUCAACAAUCUAAUUCAUUUGCCCUGCCAAAAGAAUUAGAGCGAUCGGUUCAUAGAUUUACAACCUUUUACAGUUCACAGCACAAUGGAAGAAAAUUGAAUUGGCUGUAUCAAUUGUCAAAGGGUGAAAUUAUUACAAAUUGUUUCAAAAACCGAUACUCCUUCCAGGCUUCAACUUUCCAAAUGGCUGUUCUACUACAAUAUAAUCUGUCAACUACAUGGACAUUGCAGCAUUUGCAUGAAUCAACACAAAUUAAAAUGGAUGUGCUUCAACAAGUUGUUGAGAUUUUGUUGAAAGCUAAACUUCUCGUUAUGAGAAAUUGUGAAACUGAAUUAGACCCAUCAACCCCAUUAGAUCUUUUUGUUGGUUACAAAAAUAAGAAAUUGAGAGUGAACAUUAAUGUACCAAUCAAGGCAGAAGUAAAGGUUGAGCAGGAAACCAUGCACAAACACAUUGAAGAAGAUAGGAAACUUCUGAUACAAGCUGCGAUUGUAAGGAUCAUGAAAAUGCGGAAAACUUCGAAGCACCAACAACUAGUUGCUGAAGUUUUGAAUCAACUAAGCUCGAGGUUCAAACCUAAGGUCCCAAUCAUCAAGAAAUGUAUAGAUAUUCUUAUUGAGAAGGAAUACUUGGAGCGUGCUGAUGGUCAUAAGGAUACAUACAACUAUUUGGCGUGAUGUGAUUUCGAAUAACGACACAAGAGUCAUGAGCAUAAACCAAAAGUGAUCAUAUUCAAUAAUUAUUUAUCAACAUGAAAGUGUUUAUUUAUGAAAAAAAGCAAUUUACAUUUUUGGCUGAGUGCCUUUGUGUCGUGUUCUUUUUCAAAGUUGUAUUUAGGACUGAUUUAUCAUAAUGAGUUUGAAGGAAAUCAUGUAGUUAUAUCACAAAAACCAGAUUUAGUAAUUUACUUUUAUAAUUUAUAGUAUUUCUUUUUGCAUUCUACUUAACAAAAUCCAUAAUUUGAUCAUUAUUCUUUUUUACUCACGCUUCAAACACAAAAUAUUCUUUGACUGACUAUGUUAAGGAAGUAUUAAUAACUUUAUUAGUUUUAUUAUAAAAUUGUGGAUCAUUACAUCGGAUUUUUAUUUUCAAUAUUUCGUUUUUUCCAUGGGCAUUACAUCAGGUCAGAUGAGGUAUUUAACUUAAAUUAGCGCAAUGAACGUGAUAUAAACUUAGCAAAAAGAAAUGUUCCUCGUCUAUUUUCUUACUUUUGUAAUCCCAAACUCGUCUUAGAUAGUAAUAACGAUGUAAGUUAUGACGUAAAUGUUGGAAAAAAAUAAAUUCUUGAAGAUAUUUU